AUGGGGAUUAAUAUUUCUAAUAUUGUGGAGUCUUUGGAUGCAGACGGUAGCUCUAAGGUACAGGUCGGCAACAAUACAACCUAUAUCUACAACAGCGAGCGCGACCAGGAUGAGAAAAAGAAGCUUUUGCAAGCACUUCGUUCCACCGAUCCACGCCAUGAUAAGACCAAUAUCGAACAAACAAACAAUGACUUGCUGAAAGAAGCCUACAUCUGGAUUCUUGAGAACCCAGAGUUUCUCGCGUGGCGACAAGGAACUGGCGAAUGUCGACUUCUUUGGAUCAGAGGCGAUCCUGGAAAAGGAAAGACGAUGCUUCUCUGUGGCAUUAUAGACGAGCUUCGGCCCUCCACAAGGCUCGGGAACGAGGACAGCCCGAUUUCACUGUCUUUCUUCUUCUGCCAAGCUACAAACUCCGAGCUCAACAGCUCAACUGCCGUGCUAAGGGGGCUAAUCUACCUUCUUGUUGAUCAACAACCCCAUCUAUUGUGUCAUUUACAAGCCAAUAUACAUUGGGACUCACGAGUCGCAAUAGAAACCUUGUUUCGCACCAUAGUAGCUGACACAGCUCUUGGUGAGACAUACAUGAUCGUGGAUGCACUGGAUGAAUGCCUUGAAGAUCUUGAGUUUCUUCUUCGCAUAAUCUGUGAUACAGUUUCACGCAUCAAGUGGAUUGUCAGUAGCCGUAACCGCCGCGAGGUAGCAGAGGGUCUGGCAAAGUCGUCAUCAAAACUCGCGAUUUCCUUAGAACUCAAUCAAGCAUCGGUGUCCCAAGCUGUUAGACACUUUAUCAACCACCGCACCGACAUUCUGACUAAGAAAAAGGAGCUCACCAAAAAUGAGGAACAAGAUAUCAAGAUGCAUCUUACAGAGAAUGCUCAUGGCACAUUCUUGUGGGUUGGAUUGGUAUGUCAACGUCUACAGAGAUGCCCAGCUUGGGAGAUCAUCGACCAAUUGUCGCAAAUACCCCAGGAUCUGAAAGAGCUUUACGCUAGAAUGAUGCACCAAAUCCGCAACUCUGGUAGUUGCGAGAUUUAUAUCAAACUUCUGGCUGUGAUCUCAACUGUUUUCCGCCCACUCAACCUAUCUGAACUGAAAGCCAUGGCGCGGCUGAACUUGGAUGACAAACGACUCCUUGACUUUAUAGGGGAAUGUGGUUCGUUUCUGACUACACGAGGUACGACGGUGGUGUUUGUCCAUCAGUCGGCUAAGGACUUUUUGGAGAAAGAGUCAAGCCAAUUGCUUUUCCAGUCCGGCCUUGCACAACAACAUUAUGCACUGUUUCAAAGAUCUAUUGAUGUUCUUGCUGUUCUAAGAAAGGACAUGUAUGGCUUGGUAUAUCCUGGAGUCUCUCUGGAUGAAGCUAUCCACAACCGCCCUGAGCCUGAUCCUAUCGACGGCCUAGUGUAUGCACUUGUAUUCUGGGUUGAUCAUUUAGGACAGGCAUAUCAACUCUCUGACAAGGAUGAGGCCGUAUUACAAAUGUCCUCUGCCGAGACCGUGUAUAGAUUCUUUUGCACUAAGUUUCUGUUCUGGCUAGAAGCACUUAGUCUAUCCCGCAAUGCACCUGUUGCAGGGAAAGCCUUGUUCUCUCUGAAAAGUUUACCAGCGUAUGUCCUAUCCCAGCCAGGUCUUUCAGAGCUCAUAGAGGAUGAGCUUCGAUUCUUCCUCCUUUUUGGGCCAGUGAUUGAAACCCACCCACUGCAGAUUUACACCUCCGGUUUGCUUUUUAGCCCACAGAAAAGCCUCAUUCGCAAUCUGUUCAAGCAAUGCACACCAAACUUCGUCAAAAAAUGUCCAAAAGCAGAUGAAAAUUGGAGCCCAGUCUUGGGUGUUUUUGAGACAUCGCGGGAAAGCAAGAUUCGCACUAUGGUCUUCUCUGCCAUGGGGGACAUGUUGGUCAUGACAACGUCUGACUCUCAGUUGUUGACGUGGAAUGUCAACGAUGGCUCCAUGCAUAAAGAGUUGAGGUACAAUCAUGCGAAGUUGUUGACGCCUUCGCCAGACCUUCAAUUGUUAGCCUUCAUUACCACGCAGAACGUACUCGAGGUUUGCGAGCUCAACUCAGGAAAUACCCUUUGGACUGUCAAGUUCAAUAACACAGAGGUUCAAGCCAUGGAAAUUGCGUCUAAUAGCCUGUGGCUGGCGGUGUGUUAUGAAGAUAACUUGGACCUCUGCAAUGAAAGCUAUUAUGGAGACGAGAAGGCAACUCGAGAGAUAUAUCGGGCAAGCUUCGUCACAAACACCAACUUCGUCAUGGUCUCACCUUGGAAUAAGGGCGUAUUCCUUUGGGACUUUCCCACUACAAAAUGCAAAGAGUGGUUUCCUGUUGAGUACGAUGUUGCUUGUCUUGGCUACUCUCAUGGCGAAGUCUGGAUGGUUAUAUCAUCUUUCAACGAAAUGUUCCUGGUGGAUCGCGAGCAGGGAAUUGUACUACAUCGCUUUGACUUCGAAAAUACCUCUGACAAUAUCGAGAGAAUUCAAGUUUCUUAUGGCAAUGAUAAAAUCGCAGUUCAUUCAGAGUGGAAUGCAUGGCUGUUUGACGUGCAAACCAUUUUGGCUGAUCGGCCGAAAAAGAGAGAGUCUUGCAUCCUAGAUGAUGGGGUUACGAUCGCUUCCCACAACGACACGACGAUUCAAAUUGAGAAUCCAAUUACAGAGGUCAUUACCACGUUGGACAUACGAAACACUGUUAAUGGCGAGGUACGCUGUAUGGCAUUAUCACCCGAUGGUCAAUUAUUUGCCUACAGCGAUUGGUCACCAGAAGAAGGCUUAUCAUCAAUCAAUAUUUGGGAUCUGAAAAGAGACUCAUUACGAUCCAGGAUUCAAGUUCAUGACUACAUCCCUCAUAUCGUAAUGUCCCAUAAUCUCUCCCAGAUGGAUUUCCCGGACGAUCACAAUACUAGUAGACCUUUGACCCUGUCACCCAAUGGCAAGUGGCUGGUGUCACAUAUCUAUGGAAGUGGUACCUCUCGAUAUCAUCAAUUACGUCUUUCAGAUGCGGAAGCAGGCGUCCAUUAUGCUGUGAUUGAUAUCGAUGCAUCAAACUUCUCCUUCAUUGACGGCUCGGCCUUAUGGACAAACAAGGGAAUUUUGUAUUUCGACCGUAUCUUGGACAAGCUAGCCAACAAAUCAGAAACUGUCGAAAGUCAGAUUCCGACGAUAGAUGGACAAGUCGCUCACGAGCUGCCUGUCAUCAUCCCAAGCGUUGAGAAGUACGGUUAUACUACUGAUUUCGACUGGAUAACCUUUCAUGAGAGGCCGCUGAUAUGGCUACCUCAACGGUUUCGUAUUCAAGAUUUUAAUUUCCCACCGUACCCAGUGGCUAUUGGGCACCACCACGUUAUUUCAGAACACGCGGGAGUAAUCAUUAGCAACGAAGACUUUCUUCUUAACCCAUCAACUACGAUGCCAUGCUCGGCUCAUUGGCUACUAGAAACCUAUCAUGUUUACUGUAGCACCAUCAUGUUUGGCCAGACAGCUCGCGUACCAGAACUGAAGCGGAAGUCAUCCUAUUGGCAAGUGCCGGGGCUACACUAG